AAAUGGAAAUUCCUCCCAAAUCUCGUUUGAUGGUCGUAACGAUGAUGGCCAUUAAUUGACAGUUGGCAUUAAAAUCACAAGAUAAGAAAGCGGGUUUCUAUUUUUAAAAACAUGAAAGUUAAUAUACAUGUGCAUAUGUACUUGGCCUCUGAGUAGAUCAAGAUACAAUACAAAUUUAUAUGAUCUCAAACUUUCACACAAUUUCUGCGUUUUUCACCUCUUCAAAUGGAGGAAGUUGGAUCGAAAAAAAUAAUACAGCUUAAUGACUGUAUGAUAAAUGCGAAAUAAGCUAACAUGCUUUUUAAAAAAUAAGAUCCAUUUAGUAGGCCUGAAUAAACGUCAAAGUAAAUACUCAUAAUUACGGCAAUACAUGGCAUCAAAGAAGAAACAAUGGAUUACUUUAGCAGGUGUCUUCUGGUGAUGCUGUUUCACAGCACCCUGGUCCUGGGAGACCGUCCGCUUGAAAGGAGUCACUCCUUGUCACUGGUGACACUGGUGCCACUCCUGGAACUGGAAAGGAAACUGAUUGAUAACCUCGAAAACUAUACAAAUGCCCUGGAGCAGAAGCUGGAGAUGAUUCGCAGUCAACUUCUAGUCAUGCGUGCAGAAAACGAGAAAGGAAGGAGGAAUGCUGUAUCCUAUUUGUCCAAUCCUCUGAAUAGCUUUUCACUCAUCCGACGAUUGCAUCAGGAUUGGAUCAAGUGGCGAAAGUACAUGGAGCAGCCAGUGGGGAUCUCGCAAUUGAAAGCAUUUUACAGCUGGCAGGAUGAGCUUCCCACUGAACGUGACUUAUGGGAUGCCUGCGAGGGCAUAGGAAGAAUUCCGAGUACAUAUGACCUGAAAGUUGGCGAUUUUAUUAAUGGGAACAUAAAAGGAAAGCAGUACAAUGCCAGCAUGAGUUCUGCAGACAUUCUUUCGGUAGGUGCUAUCCUUGCCAAGAAAAAUAGGCCAUCGGAUGCUAUUCAAUGGCUGCAGGAAGUGCCUCAGCGCCUCCAAGAGGAAGUUCUCAUUCAGCCAAGACACCUGUCAAUCAAAGAAGUGGAUGCUCUAAGAAUACUUGCCGAGGCACAAAUAAAAGAAAAAAACUAUUCAGAAGCCUUGUCACUGCUGCACAAUUGCUUGAAGCUACAGCCCCACGAUGCGCGUCUUCUUCGACUGUGGAAAAAAACAACGGACCUCAUUGAGAAUCAACCAGACCCAUCCCCUACAGAAGAUAAAGAGCGGAUAGUUUCAAUCGCAAAUUCGUUCAAAUUAGGCUGCAACAAACCCCUCGAGAGCUCCACUAGACUGCACUGUUUCUAUAACUUUACCACGACUCCAUUCCUUCGCUUAGCUCCUCUCAAAAUUGAGCAAAUCGGAUUGGAUCCAUAUGUGGUGCUUUAUCAUGAAGUGCUCUCUGCUCGAGAAAUAUCAAUGUUGAUAGGCAAGGCUACUCAAAAUAUGAAAAACACCAGAGUUCAUAAGGAACAAGGAGUUCCAAAAAAGAACCGGGGAAGAACUGCCAAGGGCUUUUGGUUCAAAAAGGAGAGUAACGAGCUAACGAAGGGAAUUACUAGGCGCAUUAUGGACAUGACUGGAUUUGACCUGGCUGAUUCUGAAGGAUUUCAGGUGAUUAACUACGGCAUAGGUGGACACUAUCUUUUGCACAUGGAUUACUUUGAUUUUGCGUCUAGUAAUCACACUGACACACGAAGUAGCUACUCCAUGGAUUUGGGCGAUCGAAUUGCUACUGUGCUUUUCUAUCUGACUGAUGUCGAACAAGGUGGAGCCACCGUCUUUGCAGACGUGGGGUAUUCUGUGUAUCCCCAGGCUGGAACCGCCAUCUUCUGGUACAAUUUGGAUACGAAUGGAAAGGGUGAUCCCCGCACAAAGCACGCCGCCUGUCCAGUGAUUGUGGGUUCCAAAUGGGUGAUGACCGAGUGGAUACGCGAAAAGCGGCAGAUCUUCAUCAGACCCUGCCUGCCCCCAGCAAAGGCAACCUCUACGAAAUCAUAGACAAACAAAUUUCCGCCGUAAUCACUCUGCACACUUAACAAAAACCCACGGAGCUCAGCUUAAAUGCCUUUUUAAAAUGCCAACACGGAAAAAUAAAGUGCUGAGUGGUUGAUAGUCCCUGAUAGUCGAGGGGGUACGGAAGGGCAUCUGCUCCAGCACCAAGGUAAAACCAAAGGCCACCGCAGCCGCAUUUUAGCAUACUCCUAGGUGACCCCCAUUCCCUGAUUCCCUGACUCCCAUCCCGAUUCCCGGCUGUUGGUGGCGUCUAGUGUCUGACACCGCGUACGUGAUGUGCAACUUAAUGUUUCAAUUAGAGGUGAAGUGGCGCCCGAGCAGGGGCUAUCGUUAUCGUUUCACUCCACUGCAAAAAAAUUCUAAUUCCAAUUAUUAUUAUUGAAUUACAAUAUAUUAUAUUUCGCAUUUUCGGUAAUUAGUUAAAACUGAGAUAGGGAAUACCUGAAACGGAUAGUCUUAAAUGGAACAAGGAAAAUUUCGCGCAGUGCAACUUCCGUUUUGAGUGUGGAUGCGGCAGUGUUUGCCAAGCUGGGAUAUUCGUAUCUCUAUCAGUCUGUGCACUUAUCUGCUUUUAAAAACUUUUAAUAAUGAACUCUCGCCCACCGCCAAGCGACGUGUUGGUGUCAGACCUUUGGCCCCAACCCCUGACCCCUGUGAACCGUGUGACUCGGCAGUUUUGUUAGUUGGAACCCACUUCAAAAUUACCUUUUGUUUGAGUUAUUUGCAUGUAGAAAAGAUAGUGGGUAUUAAUAUGGAUUUUACCCCUGGGGUAAACAUACUUUUCGCUAUAAAUAUCUGUGAGUAAAACCUAGAGGAAAUCAGUUGAAGUUGCCCAUUCUACCCGUCCAACACCUUUUAAUAAAAAGCAAUGUCGAUAAAUAAAAAAUUGACGACAUAUGCGUAAAAGUCCGUCUGACUAUCAAGUGGCCAAAUGCAGACCCAUCCAGCCUGCUGGAACUGCCAGUGUCCUACGCAGGAAAUCCAGGAUGACAAGGGAAUGAACCCCGAACCAUGCAUGGCCAUGAAGCGAACCCAAGACAGUCGCAUACACCCUCAUGCAUACAGCCUCAAAGGAGUUGUACCUAAAACGAAUUUCGAUCUGAUUGUGUGCACUUUAUGGUGUGUCCUCGGCCCAACAAACCUCUACUUUUCCGCAGAGAUGAUUACAUAUGCGCAGACCAAUAAUUUUGCCCCCAGGCAAGGAGAAAAAACGUAUCUAACAAGGUUAAGAAAUGUUCCGAGGCGAAGAGCAUUGAUUGUAUAAAUCUAGUAAAAUGUUUUAUAUGCGCACCGAA